AUGAAAACCGACCUCGAGCUCGCCUUGGAGUGCAUCGUCAACCUCUACCACAAGUACGCCCUCAAGUACCCCCUGGAUGAUUACCUGAGCAAGCCCGAGUUCUCGCAGAUGUUGAAGGAGACAGCCAAGCCCUUCCUCCAAAGCACUUUGCCGCCCAAAACGUCCAUCGAUGACUACAUCAGCCAGCUGUUCAGCAAAGCAGAUCACAACCACGAUGGCCGCCUGAAGUUCACCGAGUUCCUGUCCACGCUGAGUCUCGUGUUCAUUGAUGGCCACAAUAGAUCCCACCAGCCUAUUGGUGACCAUGGCCACGACCACGGCCAUGACGACCACGGCCAUGACGACCACGGCCACCACCAUGACCAUGACCAUGGCCACCACCACCACCACGACCAUGACCAUGACCACGGUCCCAGAAAAUGA